UUUUUUAAGCAACUUACUAUUUUUACUUCCAAAACAGACUAAGUACUGUUCAAUCUUAUUUGCUUGUUUUUUUUAGAAAAUUUGGCUUCAUUCUAUUACUUCACCUUUUUUACCAGUGAUAGAUUAUUACUGCCUAACAAUAGCUUGAAAGGAUCAGUGUGAUGUGAAGAUGUCAUACUACAACAAUCACAACUAUGGCUCAACCUAUGGGUCUGGCAGGGCCAGUGGUGCUGGCAGCAUGGAUGGCAACAGUAAACUUAUUGAGGAUGAAAAUGAAGAUCUUACCACACAGCUCCGGAGUAAAGUAAAAACAUUAAAAUCGAUGACCAUCGACAUUGGCAAUGAAGUCCGGUACCAGAACAAGAUGCUUGCAGAUAUGGAUGAUGACAUGGGUAAGUCUGGCAGCAUUCUGGACCGCACUGUGAAGCGUCUUGGCGUCAUGUCCCGCAGCCUCCACAAUUACCACACACCCAUUCUCUUUGCCUUCGUCUUUUUUGUCUUCUUACUGCUUUGGCUGGCCCUCAAGUUCAGGUGAAGCUGUUCCUUGCUCUCAUGCUUUUUAAUCCCUUUACUAUGUAUUGCAAAGUAUGUAAUUGAAAUGAGUAAGGUUUGUUACUUGCCAGGUAAGGGUAUAAAAUAUUCUAUCAAAGCCAAUGAAGAGAUAUUUUUAUCGACAUUCCCUUUGUAAUACAAUGAAUCGCAUUAAAUGUCAGAUUAAGAAGAACUGUCGAAUUUGGCGUUUCCCCAUUUUUCAUUUGUCUUUUAUUCACGUAGGAAACGUUUGUGAAGUAUCGUUUAUCAUAUUAUAGCAUUAUUAUAUUAUACAAGGUGAGUUGCAGCUCCCAUCAGGUUUUAUUGCUUGUCGUUCAGUUAACUACCACACGUACGUUAUAUACUCUGCUUCUUAGAUUACCUACCUACAAUAUUUUUGAGUGUUUGAAUAUGCUAUGUCCAUUUUUAUUUCUAUAUUACCUUUCACAAUAGCAAUGAAAUAUCGUAUCUGUUAUCAAGCUUGUUC